GGGCUGCAUUGCGUUUUCUGCAGUGGUAGCAAUGAGAAGCUUAAUAUUAAUUGUAAAAGUUCUAGCCGUGUUUGGUGCCCUGGCAAUUGCCGACAAAAGUGCAGCUCCCACGAGCUGUCCGUACGGGAAUAUAGCUGAACUCGAGCUGUAUCCAACUUCGAAGUCGAAAAGAAGCUCGGGGAGUUUUCCUUUCGAAGUUCGUCCGGCGGUCAGUGACUCAAGCUUGGACGGGUUGCUGAAGGAGUAUCUACCGAAAUACAAUACGAAUUCCGCCUCUAGUCCAAGCAGUUGGUUGGACUUGUCGGGUUCUAUGCAGCCUGUAAGGUGUGGCAUACCGCCUCCGAAUUGCCUUAAUGAUACGAGCAACUUGCACUAUCGAAGCAUUGAUGGAUCAUGCAACAGCUUGCUUUACCCCGAAUUCGGAAUUGCUGUCUCUAGAUACAGGCGGCUACUGCCCCCCAAAUACGUGAAACCAGUACACGCUUUUCCCAAUGCGCGGCUCAUCUCCCUUUCACUGUAUGGGGAACAGACGAGAAACGACAACUUCAGGACCAUGGCGGCAAUGCAGUGGGGCCAGUACGUUGCCCACGAUAUCAGUCAACUGACGACCAAAGGUGCACCUAAAGACUGCUGUGCUGAGCCUCAUCACCAUCGUUGCCAGCCGAUUGCUCUACCGCGCGGUGGUCCCAUCGCAUACAACACGGGAAAAACUUGCCUCCACUUUGCGAACAGCGUGUCGGACGCGGAUGCAAUUUGCCCGAAGGACGGUGCGCCAUAUCCCGAGAAGCUUACACUUUCUACUGCUUAUCUUGAUCUGUCAUCUGUGUAUGGAAAUUCUCUACAUCAAAGUCGGCGAGUGCGUUUAUUCAAGGGAGGUCGGCUCCGCACUAGCUACAUAAACGGCCAGCACUGGUUACCCGUGAGCCAGAACCUGGAUGGUGAGUGCGGCGGCAGAAGCGAGUGUUACAGCAUGCCAGAUAGGCGGAACCGCUUCUCACCCACCAUCGCACUUCUGCAGACACUUUUGGUGCGGGAACAUAAUCGACUGGUCGAGAACCUAGCUCUUCUUAAUCCGCACUACAACGACGAGCGUCUUUACCAGGAAGCUCGUAAGAUCAGUAUUGCGCAGUUUCAGAAGAUUACCUUUAACGAUUGGCUGCCCCUGUAUCUGGGACGUACGUACACUUAUCUCAAUGGUCUCAUCUAUCCGGUGGACCCUACUGAGUAUGUCAAUGAUUACGACGAAACCGUAAAUGCUGGGGCUUAUGCCGAGUUUGCUUCGGCCGCUUUCCGCUACGCGCAUACCCAGAUUCCCGGCUGGUUUUCACUUGUUGCGCCCAAUCGCAGCUCCAACCAGACACUGCGUCUAAGUGACCAUUUCGAGCGAUCUGGGACCAUUCGUUUGUUGGACUCCAGUGAUAACUUUGAUGCAUUAUUAAGAGGCUUGGCUACGCAGCUUCAUAAAAGUUCGGAUGGGAAUAUCGAUCGCGAGAUUAAGCACAAAUUCAAUCGAAAGUCCUUCGAGGAAUAUGGUUCUGAUCUGAAAUCAUUGGACAUUCAACGCGCCCGAGACUUUGGGCUAGCCUCCUACAACGAUGUCCGAGAGUUUUGCGGACUGCAGCGAGCCGUCGAUUGGGCGGAUUUGACCGGCGAGAUACCGAGAGAGAAAAUCUCAUUGCUGAGAAAGCUGUACGCAACUCCCGAUGAUGUGGAGCUAAGUGUCGGUGGCUCGCUGGAGUACCACGUCCCGGAAGCACUUUUCGGGCCGACUCUGUUGUGUAUUAUUGGCAAGCAAUUUCUAAACACGCGUCGCGGCGACCGAUUCUUUUUUGAACGAGAUCACAGUGGUGGUUUCUCGCGCACGCAACUGGCGGAGAUUCGCAAGGCAAGUUUGGCAAGUUUGUUCUGCAACAAUGCGAAUUAUUUGCACGACAUCCAGCCGAACGUAUUCGUAUUCCCAAAUUAUCAUAACAUGAUCCUCAAUUGCAAUGAGAUCCCUCAAGUUGAUCUCAGCAAAUGGCAAGAUACCCACUACUAAAAAAUAUAAUGGAUGUUCUAUAAUCUACAUUCUGUAAAAGAGAUUUAUUAGUUAUGUACGUGCGGCCUUUUAACAAUUUUUUCUGUACGGCCGCCGCACAUAAAUAUAACUAUGUAUUGGAAUAGCAACAAUAAACAUUACGACUAUGAACGCUCUUUACUUUUUAUG